CGCCGUACAAGGAAAGCUCGCGGAAAAUUCGGAAAAACUCGUGGAAAAUGCACAGAGGUGACCGCCAGGCGCUUUGGCACCGUCCGUCACAAAAAUGAAACCGGACGCGAUUUUGAGGAAAUUUCGGAAAAUCGCGGUUGCGUUUUUGGACAGUGCAAUCAUGCCUAGAUUGUUGGUAGUGAUCACCUUGGUCCUGUUGAUCGGAUCAAAGCAAUGCAGCCUGCAGAAGCCGAAUAUGGAUAAUAAGAGGCAUGAUGUUUAUAUUGCCGGAUUCUUUCCUUUUGGGAAAGGAGUGGAAAAUUCUGAAACAGGAAGGGGAGUAAUGCCGAGUGUGAAACUAGCUUUAGAUCAUGUCAACGAGCACUCUGGAAUACUGAGGAACUAUAGGCUACACAUGUGGUGGAACGAUACUAUGUGUAAUGCUGCUGUUGGAGUCAAAGCGUUCUUUGACAUGAUGCACAGUGGACCGCAUAAGCUUAUGCUAUUUGGAGCUGCCUGCACGCAUGUUACGGAUCCCAUCGCUAAGGCUUCAAAACAUUGGCAUUUAACACAGCUUUCGUACGCGGACACUCAUCCAAUGUUCACCAAGGAGAACUUUCCGAACUUUUUCCGAAUAGUUCCGUCUGAAAAUGCGUUCAAUUCGCCUAGACUACACCUGCUGAAGGAGUUUAAUUGGACCAAAGUCGGUACGAUCUAUCAGAACGAACCUAGGUACUCUUUGGCACAUAAUAGGUUGGUAGCUGAGCUGGACACGAUGGGAUACCAAGUACUCGAAUCUCAGAGCUUCACCAACGAAGUAACAACAGCUCUGACGAAAUUAAAAGAGAAGAUACUCGUAUAAUCCUAGGGAAUUUCAACGAAAGAUGGGCCAGAGAAAUAUUCUGCGAGGCCUACAAAUUAAAAAUGUACGGAAAAAAGUACCAGUGGGUCAUUGUCGGUACUUACAGUCAUGAUUGGUGGAAAAAAUACGAUACGGAUUUCAACUGCACUUUAGAAGAACUGGAAUCAGCCUUAGAACAGGCCCUCAUAACGGAUUUGUUACCUCUAUCGACCAGCAUUGAAAUCACUAUAGCAGGAAUAACGGCAAACGAGUAUAAAUUAGAAUACGACUCGCGUAGAGGUGGCGAAUACUCACGAUUCCAUGGAUACACCUACGAUGGAAUUUGGGCUGUAGCGUUAGCUAUACAGAGUGUUGCAAGGAGGAUCAAAUAUUAUAGGAGAAACGAAUCUGUAGCUGAUUUCAGAUAUAGGGAUCCACUUUGGGAGCGAUUGUUCCUUGACGCUUUACACAACACCAGCUUUGAGGGCGUGACUGGUCCGGUUAGAUUCUACGACAACGAACGAAAAGCUAGCAUUCUCUUGAAACAGUUCCAGGAUGGAAAGGAGAUUAAAGUGGGUGAAUACAAUGCUGCUACACAACAUCUGGAUUUAACUUUGGGGGCACCUCUGAAAUGGAUUGGCAAACAUCCCCCAAAGGACCAGACGCUAGUGAUCAUAGAACACACCAGGGUGAACAAAACCGUGUACGCAAUCCUUGCAACGCUAGCUGUCCUCGGUAUCAUUAUGGCAUCGGUAUUUUUGGCGUUCAACAUCAAGUACAGGAAUCAGAGGUACAUAAAGAUGUCUAGUCCACAGCUCAACAAUCUGAUCAUCAUUGGAUGUAUGCUUACGUAUACAAGCAUUAUCUUUUUGGGGCUGGAUUCAGGAUUAUCAAGUAUAGAGGCUUUUCCAUACAUCUGCACUGCAAGAGCCUGGACAUUAAUGGCAGGAUUUUCACUGGCAUUUGGUGCAAUGUUCAGUAAAACUUGGAGGGUGCACUCAAUAUUCACCGAUGUAAAACUGAACAAAAAAGUUAUAAAGGACUAUCAACUAUUCAUGGUUGUGGGAGUUCUGCUUUUCAUUGACUUGGUGAUAAUGACUACUUGGCAGGUUGCUGAUCCAUUCUAUAGAGACACAAAGCAGAUGGAAAGAUAUCCUCAUCCGUCAAAUGAAGACAUUAUAAUCAUACCAGAAAACGAGUACUGUGCUUCAGAACACCAAACCAUAUUCGUAGGUUCCAUCUACGUAUACAAAGGUCUUUUGAUGAUAUUUGGCGCGUUCCUUGCCUGGGAAACUAGACAUGUCUCUAUACCGGCUCUGAACGAUAGCAGACACGUAGGUCUAUCCGUCUAUAACGUGGCUAUAAUGUGCAUUUGCGGAGCUGCGGUCGCUUUGGUUUUGGUUGACCACCAAGAUGCCAUGUUUCUUAUCAUAGGCGUAUUUGUCCUAUUCUGCACAACGGCUACGUUAUGGCUUGUGUUCGUCCCGAAAAUGCUUGAGCUUAGGAGAAACCCUGGCGGCUCCAUCGACAAGCGAUUCAGACCAACUUUGAGACCGAUGUCAAAAACCAGAAGAGACUCCAGCGUCUCCGAGUUGGAAACCAAAUUGAAGGACGUCAAGAGUUUGAACUCGAAAUAUAGGAAAACUCUACUGGAAAAGGAGUCGGAACUCCAGAUGUUGAUCAGACGCCUCGGAAACGAGGCCAAGGAGUUGCUGGAAUCUCGAGAGUCCAUGAGCGAUACCAACAGAUUGUCGGUACCACUAAUCCGCAAAGAACAACCAAGUGCGACCGAAACCAGCGACAUAACAUCUUUAUGCAGUCUCAGCUCGCAGGACUAUGCUUCCCUACAGCAUACAGAUAGCCAAAAUGUUAUGGGUAAUCAUACUCAUCAUAAGGCUAAAAGGAAAAAGCAACAGGAAACGGAAUCCCAAAAACUAGAAAAAUCGCCAAACCCUCCAAAACAGGAACACGAACCAGAUCAGAAACAACUGAAUGGAUCUGUCAAGCUAACGCCUACUUUGGGCGUGGACAAGAACUACAACAGUGUAAAAGAUACGUUGAACGCCGAGUAUGAAAAGCCUCCGGAGCAAAUUGACAGCAAGAAAGAAGAAGUGAAGAAAGUCAAAACACCGACACAUGAAAGAAGGCCUUCAAGAACUCUUGAAUCAGACCUAACAUCUAAACGUAAGCAAAGCCUAAAACCCGAAUUUCUGCCUGAAAUAGAAGAAACAACGACCCACAAACCAGGCAACAGAACGCCGGCAAAGAAAAAAGCCGAAUAUGGAACCCACGUAGUAGCUAAAAGUGAACUGUGGGACACAGGAAACCAGCACAGGUGUACGAAAAGUCAUCAAAAACCUGGGAGGGUUAGCAUAUCCCAAGAUGAAGAUGACAGCUACAUGCACCGCACAGUAUCUGAGCGGAAUCGUCAUUCUUCACAAAAAGAAAAACGAGAGAAAUCACCUGUAUCUAGAAAUAAGCAGCAGGAGAUGCCUAAGAAUAUCUGCCAGCAGCAGUGUAAUAAAUUAGGGUAUUUCCAGAGUACACCAAAUGUAGCGGCCGCACAUAGACAACCGAAUUCAACCCCGAAAAGGGAUAAAAGUAUGUACAACGCUACAUCUGAAAGUGAGCUGUUAGAUAGAGAAAUCCUACCGAUCUUCCAAAAACUGCUCACAGAACGAAAUAAAAGUCAACAUAACAUAGACUAUUCGUUCGGUAGGUCGUGUCCGAACAUUUCCAUAAAAUGCGAUAUAGUAGAAUAUUUAUAAGGGAGGCUUUACGCUACGCGAUUUUUUGUAUAGCGAUAUAUUGCGCACAGCUAUCGAAUUGGCCAAAAAAGGGAAGUAAAUUUUUCAAUCAACUUCCACGCACACCAUUUUUGAAUUUAUUUUCAGUUCAAUACAAAUGUCUGGAAUUCGAGAUAAAUGUUCAAUGAAGAUCCAUAAAUGUUGAAGAAGUAUUUGUUAAAUACACCUCCUUGGCAGUAUUAUACACAAAAGAGACGUUAAAUUUCUAUACAUUUUUUCAUGUGUUUGCACAACGCCACAAACACCAAACUAUACAAAUAAUCGCAAAACUGUAAAGCAGCCUUAAUAGACACACGUACUGAAUCAUCCUAUUGUAUUAGCAAAAAUUAUAUUUAGGACAAAAAAUAGCUGAGAAAAAUAAUUAGCAGAUCAAGUCUGCAUGCUAUUUUAAAUGUUCUAAAUAUAUUCAAAACGUUUGAAAAUGUUUGUUGUAGAUUUAUUCAAGAAGUAAUAUCGAUAAUACAAUGAUACUAGCGAUGUUUCAAUUUCAAACGAAAAACUGACUUUAUUUAUUCUAAAUUAAGACAUUUCUUAUACUUCGUAGCACCUAUCGCUCAAAUAUUUUCUAAUCCAGCUUUAACAACAAUCCAUUUCAUCAUUUUUUAUCAUAAUCAAUGAAAUCGCAUGAAGGCCUUCAUCCUUAUUUUGUAUAUUGACUUCCUAGUAAUACAAAACAGCGAAGUUGAACAAAAGACUUUCGUGUCAAUUAUAACUAAAUAGUAUUUGGAUUUAUUAUCGGUAUUAACAACCAUUUAUAACCACCAUUUGGUUUUGUGAUGAAUAGUUUGACCCAACGUGUGGUAAGGUAUCCUACCCAAUGCCUUCUAACAUCUUUUUAUACAAACAAAAAAUAAUAUUCAUACAUAGAUAUAUAGAACAUAUUUUAGGUCAUUUGAAUUGACUCAUGUCAGACAGGGUGGACCCAGCCUUCAGUGUUCGAGCGAGCAAUUGUAUUGUUCUGAUAAAAAAUAUAUUGACAUUGGUCUGGAAAAGGUUAUGAAACACACCUUAAAAGAAACCGACUUUUUACGAUCAGAAAUAUACGAGUACUGAACUAGUUCAGUGAUUUGGUAAUAUUUUUGGUUAAUAGUUCUUUAUACACACAUUAAUCAUUUGCGGGGUUCACAGUAUUUUCAACAAUUUCAUUAUGAUAUGAACAUUUCAAAAUAAAUUCUGUUUGGACCUUCUCCAUACAUAUGUUAAUAUGUCUUUUUGAAAUAACCUGAUGGUUGAGUCCCACAAACAUACGAACGUACUUAAAAACCACCCUGCAUAAUUUCUAAACAUGGGCAAAAAGUAAAAUUAUGAAUAUACAGAAUUACGUACAUCAAACAAAAAAUGAUGAUAAAAUGGCAAGCAUUGAAAAAAUAGCGACUCAACCUCUGAGUUCAAAAUACCAUUUCAGAAUAAAAAAAUGUCGUUGAAUACAAACCAGUAUGUUCGAAAUAGUUUUACCAUUUGUCCUUGUCUUUGAUAGUUCAUUCUGUUAGCCAAGUUUUAAAUUUGUCAUAUAGUUUCUAAUUCUGUUGAUAUUAUUGAAAUUAUUUCAGUGUUGAUCC